CCCAUCACCUCGCCGAUGGCUUCCUCCAGCUAAAAACCCUCACAGAUUGUAUUAGCCAACAAAUAUUCUUUCUUUCUGGUUUCCCCUUCCUAUCAUAUUCUAAAAUCCAUCUCUCGAAUUCUCAAAGACUCCUACACGCAGUCUUCACGAGAUUCCAUUACUCUGCUUUGCAUAAGCAAUGGCAGCUCUUUAUGGGCUAUUACAUAUUACAAUGGUGAUCUUAGUUCUUCCAUCAUGCUUCCAAGGCUCGAAUGCAAGACUCCAUAACCAUAAAUCAAAGCAUCACAGAGAAACAAGAGGCAUGAUUUCUGAGGCCCCAGUUCCCCCUCCCGCUGAGCCACCGGCGAAAAGCUUUGACAUAGAUAACUCAAGCUCCGACCCGUGCAUCUUUGAUGUAACAGCAUUUGGGGCCGUUGGAGAUGGCUCCACCGAUGACACAGAGGCCUUUCGUUCUGCUUGGAGAGCUGCCUGCGCAGUAAACUCCAGCAUUCUCCUCGUCCCAUCUAAUGGCGUAUUCAUGAUCACCUCAACAAUCUUCUCCGGUCCUUGCCAGCCCGAAUUCAUCUUCCAAGUGGAUGGAGUACUUAUGCCUCCCGAUGGCCCAAAAUGCUGGCCUAAGAAGGAUAGCAAGAGGCAAUGGCUCGUCUUUUACCGUGUGGAUGGCAUGACUUUUAGAGGAGCCGGCACAAUACGAGGCAAUGGCGAAGAAUGGUGGAAUCUCCCUUGCAAGCCUCACAGAGGUCCAAAUGGAUCAACAUUGCCUGGACCUUGUGACAGCCCUGCGCUUAUUAGGUUCUUUAUGAGCUCCAAUCUGACAGUGAGAGACCUUUACAUAGAAAACAGUCCUCAGUUUCACGUCAAGUUUGAUGGCUGUGAGGGAGUUCACAUCGAAGGCCUUUCGAUAAACUCUCCUGCUCUCAGUCCCAACACAGAUGGAAUCCACAUUGAGGAUACCAAAUAUGUAGGCAUAUACAACUCCAUGAUCAGCAAUGGGGACGACUGUAUUUCUAUUGGACCUGGCUGCUCGGAUGUGGACAUUUAUAAUGUUACUUGUGGACAUGGUCAUGGAAUUAGCAUCGGUAGCCUAGGCAUGCAGAACUCAGAGGCUUGUGUGUCCAACAUAUCAGUGAGAAACGCAGUGAUAAGAAACUCCGACAACGGAGUGCGGAUCAAAACAUGGCAAGGAGGCAUGGGAUCAGUAUCAGACAUCACAUUUGAUUCAGUUUAUAUGGAUAAUGUGAAGAACUGUAUAAUAAUAGAUCAAUACUAUUGUUUGAGCAAAGAGUGCAGAAAUCAAACUUCUGCCGUCUAUGUGACGAAUGUUUUUUAUACUAAUAUUAAAGGCACAUAUGAUGUGAGGGCUCCACCCAUACACUUCGCUUGCAGCGACUCAGUGCCUUGCACCAAUAUUACCAUGUCGGAGGUGGAGCUACUUCCUUUCCAAGGGGAGCUUAUUGAUGAUCCUUUUUGCUGGAAUGCAUAUGGAGAGAUGCAGACCCUUACGAUUCCUCCAAUUUCUUGCCUACAGGAUGGGAUGCCUGAAUCAGUGCAUGAGACUAUCAGUCUUCAAUGCUUAUAAUUAACAUGUACUAUCAAUAUAUAUUCACAUGGAAAUGAACCACAUGGUCUAGCUAACCUUGUGUGUGUGUUUUUUUUUUUCUUCUUCUUUAAUAUGUUUUAAUGGUUAGCUUGGGUUAUGGUGGCAUCAUUGUGCUUGCAUUGGAUGCCCAUAUGACCUUUAUUAUGUAUGAUGCCAACAAAAAUCAUUGCCUCAAA